AUGAGAGAAUAUAAGCUCGUCGUAUUAGGAUCUGGUGGUGUAGGCAAGUCAGCAUUGACUGUGCAAUUUGUUCAAUCCAUUUUCGUCGAGAAAUACGAUCCCACCAUUGAAGAUUCUUAUCGUAAACAAGUUGAAGUAGAUGGCCAACAAUGUAUGCUUGAGAUCCUUGAUACAGCAGGCACUGAGCAAUUCACAGCCAUGAGAGAUCUUUACAUGAAGAAUGGGCAAGGCUUUCUUUUGGUAUUUUCAAUUACAAGUUCUGUUACUUUGACGGAUCUCAUUGAAUUGAGAGAACAAAUUCUGCGAGUGAAAGAUGGAGAGAAUGUACCAAUGGUGUUGGUAGGUAACAAGUGUGAUCUAGAGGAGGAGAGAAUGGUUUCAAGAGAGCAAGGCAUGGAACUAUCUCAACAAUGGGGAGGAAAGCCUUUUUAUGAGACAUCUGCAAGAUUCAAGAUCAAUGUGGAUGAAGUAUUUUAUGAUUUAGUCAGGCAAAUCAAUAGGCAAAUGCCCUUCAAAGAUAAACAGAAAAAGAGACUCAAAUGCAUUGUGUUAUAA